GGCACUGCCGGGCGAUGCCCCGACUCUCCGCCGCCGCCUCGGCCUCCUCCAGCGCCAGGGGCUCGGAGCCGCGGAGCUGCGCUGCGAUGUCCGCAAAGUUCCAGGAGGCAGCGGCCGGCAUCUCCCUGCGCUCCCGCCGCGGCGCCUUUUGUGCGAGGCAAAAGGAUUCCUACAGAAGAUGGAACUUUGUUCGUUUUCCAGAAUGUGUAUUCGAGCCCAUCAGUGGAACCUGACCCUACAGUGCUGUACCCAAAUGCCUGGAGAGAACCCACAUUUCUGCCUGAAGCUUCCGCCCUCCUAACACCAUGGUUGUCUCAGCGGUGUUGACUGCAUCCCAUGCUGGGACAUCCAACACGACAUUUGUCGUCUAUGAAAACUCCCAUGUGAAUAUGACAACAUCCCCACUGUUUCAGCAUCCCAGCCCUGCUCCGCUGAUUAGAUACAGUCUGGAAACCAUGACCAGCACUGGAUUUAGUUCCUUAGCAGUGAACAGCACAGCCAUGACCCCGACACCAGCAGUUUUUAAGAGCCUAAACUUAGCUCUCCAGAUCAUCCUUUCGGCUAUAAUGAUAUUUAUUCUGUUUGUGUCUUUUCUUGGCAACUUGGUUGUUUGCCUCAUGGUCUACCAAAAAGCUGCCAUGCGUUCUGCCAUUAACAUCCUUCUUGCCAGCCUGGCUUUUGCAGACAUGCUGCUUGCUGUACUGAACAUGCCGUUUGCCCUGGUAACUAUUCUUACCACCAGAUGGAUAUUUGGGAAAUUCUUCUGCAGGCUGUCUGCUAUGUUUUUCUGGUUGUUUGUGAUAGAGGGGGUUGCUAUCCUGCUCAUUAUUAGCAUUGAUAGGUUUCUGAUUAUAGUUCAGAGGCAAGAUAAGCUAAAUCCAUACCGAGCUAAGGUCCUUAUCGCAGUCUCCUGGGCAACUGCUUUUUCCGUAGCUUUCCCUUUGGCUGUGGGGAAUCCUGAUUUGCAAAUCCCUUCCCGAGCCCCACAAUGCGUUUUUGGGUACACAACUAAUUCUGGAUACCAGGCUUAUGUGAUUUUGAUCUCACUCAUUUCUUUCUUUAUACCUUUCCUGGUGAUACUGUAUUCAUUUAUGGGCAUCCUCAACACCCUUCGGCACAAUGCCUUGAGGAUUCACAGCUACCCAGAAGGAAUAUGCCUCAGCCAGGCCAGCAAACUUGGUCUCAUGAGUCUGCAGAGACCCUUCCAGAUGAGCAUCGACAUGGGCUUUAAAACGCGUGCCUUCACCACCAUCUUGAUCCUCUUCGCUGUUUUCAUCAUCUGCUGGGCCCCGUUCACCACGUACAGCCUUGUGGCGACCUUCAGUAAGCACUUCUACUAUCAGCACAACUUCUUUGAGAUUAGCACCUGGCUACUCUGGCUUUGCUACCUCAAGUCUGCAUUGAACCCCCUGAUAUACUACUGGAGGAUUAAGAAAUUUCAUGAUGCCUGCUUGGACAUGAUGCCCAAGUCUUUCAAGUUCUUGCCACGCCUCCCUGGUCACACAAGGCGACGGAUACGCCCCAGUGCUGUCUACGUGUGUGCGGAGCAUCGGACGGUGUUGUGAAUACUGGAACUCGGAGACAUUUGGAGUCGUUAUGGUUCUCUAUUGACUGAAUUUUCUUUUCAUAUGGCUUCUAAACUUUUAUUGUUUUUUUCUAUAGUGUGCGUGCGUGCCUGCGUGAAUGCACGUGUGUGUAUGUGUGUGUUGUCAAGAAAGAAUGGUAAGUACUUUGAUCCCGAAACCAAGGAUAAACUGCAAGAAAGUGGUCAUAUUUGUUACCUCUAGAUUAAGAAAACUUUGGGGGGAUGUUUGUUUAGUUGACUGGUUUUAUUUUCGUAGCAUGAAUCAGGAUUGUGCUUCAUGGAGCCUGCAGUUAACUUGAAUUGUAGGUGUUUUUUAAAAUGCUGCUGAGGCAAGCUUGGUUGAGUUAAUCAGUUCCUUUUCCUUUCCUUCAAGACACUGCUGCUCUUUGCCAUCAUAUUGGAGUCCAAUCCCUAGGCAUCUCAGUUGGUAGAUGUUUAGUUUUAUUUAAAAACAAAACCCAAGGAGGUUGGUGACAUUUUAAAGGUUAUUACAAUUUACUUUGGUGCACUUUAAGAGACAAUGUAUAGAUUAAUUCAGUUGUGUUUUAAGAAUUGUUUUUAUAUAUGACAUACUGUGCUUUGGGAGAUAAUGUGCUUAUGAUUUCUAGGUAGAUAGUUUUAGCUGCAUGUACAAUUUAAAAGGGAAGAUAAACACACAGGGAUUUUUCUAAGUACAAUAGUAAGUUUUCAGAGCACCAGGGAACCCUCGAGAAGGCACAACACUAUGGCAAGUUUCAGGGAGGAGCAGAAUGAGAGGGUGGCUGGCCCAGCUUGGGAGCAUCAUGCUGAUUCAAACAUUUGCACCAAGCUUACAGAGAAAGAGCCGCCACUGGGUGGUGGUGCUGUAUGCAGGUGCCACACAGGGCUCUGUCCUCCUCGCUCUCUGUGAAGUAGGAAUCCUUUGUUUCCUUGUUAAGAUGAAAGAAAGCCAAGUUUCAAAGAAACAGAAAUCCUGUUCAGAGGUUCUGGUAGAGCUGGACUCCAAACAUCUGAGAUGCAGAUGCCGUUGUUCCAUUGUGCCACACAGACUUCUCAUUUAGUCUGAACCUGGCAUAAUCAAGGGUGAUGUUCCUCUCCUCUCCUCUCCUCUCCUCUCCUCUCCUCUCCUCUCCUCUCCUCUCCUCUCCUCUCCUCUCCUCUCCUCUCCUCCCCUCC